AUGUUUUCCAAGAAAAAGAAAGAAAUGGCGUCUCACGACAACGGCAACCCAAAAACGGAACCUCACUUUGCAGCAAACGACUACGAUGAAGCUCCCGAGCUCGUUGUGUGCCCAGCACAUACUACCGAAAGCAAACUGGUCACAAAGAUAGACCUUCAUGUCGUUCCAUUUCUUUGUGUCAUGUAUCUGCUGGCUUUCUUAGACCGAGUAAACAUAGCCAACGCAAAUGUCUUCGGUCUGUCUCAAGACUUGCAUCUUCUCAAUGGCAACAGGUAUAACAUCGCGUUGGUCAUUUUCUUUGUGCCAUAUAUCCUCUUCGAAAUCCCCUCGAAUGUGAUUUUGAAGAAGCUCAAGCCUCGGGUCUGGCUGUCUCUCUGCAUGUUUGGCUUUGGCUUGGUCACCAUGCUCCAGGGCUUCGUCCAAAGCUACAGCGGCCUCCUAGCAACACGCUUCUUCCUCGGUGUCUUCGAAACCGGCAUGUUCCCUGGUGCCUUCUACCUCAUCGGAAUGUGGUACCGUCGUCACGAAGCGCAAAAGCGCUACUCCUUCUUCUUCUCGUCGACAACGCUCGCAGGCGCUUUCGGCGGCCUACUCGCCUCGGCGAUUGGCAAGAUGGACGGCAUGCACGGCUACCGCGGCUGGCGCUGGAUUUUCAUUCUCGAGGGUCUUCUCACGAUGAUCGUUAGCUUCUUCUUCUUCUUCCUGCUGCCCAACUUCCCGGAAGAAGUCAAGUGGUUGACCGAGGAAGAGCGAGCAUUCGUGAAAGCGCGCUUGCAAAUCGACCAAGGCAAAUCCGCCGCCGAACGCCCCAUCACGCUCCACGACGUGGGCAACGUGUUCCGCGACCCCAAGAUUAUCGUCGGCGGGCUCAUGUACUUUGGCCUCAUCGUCCCUGCGUACGCAUACUCGUACUUCAGCCCCGCCAUCAUCCGCUCGUACGGCUACAGUCCCAUCCGCACACAGCUCUACUCGGUGCCGCCCUGGGCCGCUGCCUUCGGCUUCAGCAUGCUCGUAGCCUGGUUCUCAGACCGCAUGCAGCACCGCUUCCUCUUCACCAUCUUCCCCAUUUGCGUGUGCGUCAGCGGCUUCGCCAUCCUCCUCGCCGUCCACGAUAAUCACAACGUGCAGUACGGCGCGCUCUUCCUCGUCGCCAUGGGCGCGUACACGGCCAUGCCCGUCAUCGUGUGCUGGUUCAACAUGAAUCUAGGCGGUCACCAUCGGCGCGCCGUGGGCUCCGCGUGGCAAGUCGGCUUCGGCAACAUCGGGGGGAUUAUCGCCGUGUUCUCCUUUCUGAGUAAGGACGCGCCGAGAUAUAUCCCUGGGUAUUCGAUUGGAAUUGCGUUUGUGUUCUUGAGCGCGGUGAGCUGCACGACGUACUUUUUCAUGUGUACGGCGUCGAACCGGAAGAGGGAGAAGAGCGUGAGGGAUUUGGGGCUGACGGAGCAUGAGAAGAUGGAGUUGGGAGACUUGAAUCCGGAGUAUCGGUAUUUGCUGUGA